CAUGAGGUAAAGACGACUCAAACUGAAAUUUUUAGGAGCUUCUGUAAGCAACGUGCUAUUCUUGAGAAAGAAUACGGACAGUCUCUGCAAAAACUAUGCUCUUCUUUUUUAAGCAAGAAGGAAUUUUUGGCCUUGCGUAACCCACCAGAUGUGGUACACCGGUCCGUGUGGGACGUGUGGAAAUCAUUUUUACGCCAGUGUAGCGACCUCGCUUUGUCUCAUUUAAAGUCGGCUGAGGUUCAUCAUCGUCUUAGCUUAGAUUUAAAGCCCGUAAAGUCUGUACGGAUAAGCGUAUCGAAGCGGAUGUUCGACCAACUGAAAUUUCUGCAGAAUGAUUUGGCGGCAUCAAUGCAGGAAAUGGUAAAAUCUCAAAAAAUUUACUCUGAGGAGGAAAAGCAGGCCCAUGAGACUAGACUAAAGGCCAUGCAUAUCGAGGAGAGGUUGCGUCGUCGUUCUACGAACCUUUUCAGCACAAUGGCUCAGCUGCACCGGAACCAUGCCAAGCUUUCUUUGAGGCGAGAAGAGUGUGAAAACCGAUCUGCUGGGGCUCGCAAUGAAUACAUUUUUCAGCUAACUGCGAUAAAUGCACACCUUGUUCAUUAUUUAAAGACGGAUAUUCCUGACCUUGCACAGGUACUAGACGGCGACGUCUACGAUCGGUUUCGCGAGGUUCUCUCAAAGACAAGUGAAACUGAACUUGAGAUUUGUCGCCAUCAUCACGAUCCAUUCAAGGCUCUUUUGGAAGAAUCGACGAAAAUAAACCGAUCCACCGCAUGGGAACAAUUCAUUAAGGAGUCACCAGUUUUUUCUGAAGAUGUCGAAUUUCAAUUCGAACCUCGAGAGGGUGACAUGAUUUCAACUCUGCUCUCUGUCAACGCAACUGAAGGUAGUUUUGAGCAGGUUGCCAAGAAGCUGGCACGCCGGUUCGUUAUGCGAGAACGACGAAUCAAGUCCUACCGCGAGGAGAUCAGCGAUCUCUGCUCCGGGCGAAUUAGUCCCUCUCCUGGCAUGUCCGUUCCUCUUAGUCAAGUACGGCUGCAUUUCCUUUCAUCGAAAUUUUUUUCCAAGUCUUCUUUAGACUACGAUGCUGGCGAGGUUGUCGGGGCUUUCAAUCAAGAGUACGUGGAAAACAAAGUAGAAGAAUUGGAAUUUGCCAUUCGACGGGAAGAGAUCGAGAAGGCAAAAGUAAAAGCUUGUUUGGACCUGUUAAAGAAAACGCAUGUUAACGUCCAGGCAGCCCUUGAUGAGGCCUACUUAGCGGCAGCUGCAGAGGCCGCCACUCUUACCUCUGAGAAACCUCAAAAUGUAGCCAGUUCUGGUUCGACCACCGGCCCUCUUUCGAGUUCAACAGCCGCAACGGGUAGUAGUUCGGCUGAAGGCAGCACCGUUGGAGUCUUGGCGAUGAGUGACUUAAGUCAACGGAGGAACUCCCUCCUUGGUGAUCCAUUUGCGGGUCCCGCUUCUUCAGAAAAUCAAACACAAGAUUGCAUACGCCGAAUCUCUGCUCAUCAAACUGCGAACGAAGCGUGGGCUCGGGCGACGGACUAUGAGCACUCAUUCAUCCAAUUAGAUGACGAGGACUCAUCAAGCAGAAAGCAGCCAAGAGACCCCUCGCCUGAAGUCGACUGGUCGGGUGGCGGCCGGUUGCCCAAGGCCACGGCGAUGUAUGAGUUCCUCGCAUCACGUGACGAUGAAGUCAAUCUUGUGUGUAAUGAGAAGGUCGUCUUGCUUGGAACAGGGGACGGUGAAGAUUGGGUGAAGGUAGAUCGCUCCGCCACUUUGUAUUUUUACCCGUCACAGAUUUUGCGUAGUGGUUGUCAGCUGCCUCUUUUUUAUUGUCCCGAUGCAAAACGAUACUUCUUGCAUUCCCUUCGCGCCGUGGAGGAUGUGCAGCGCACCAGACGACACCUUGAGGCCUCAGCGACAAAUCGCGUCCGUAGCCUCUUGGACGGAAAAGAGGGCCUGGUUCCACGCGCAUUUUUAUCGAUUGAUCCGACUCCGCCACUGGCUCCCCCUCACCCCACUACCGUGUCAGCGCUGACAGCCACGACUUCGACUGAACAUGAGCCUUCACUUCCCCCUCCACCUGCCUCCAUUACCAGUGGACGUGUGUCUGAGGCUUCAGCCCCACCAACCGCAGCUGUGUCCUCUCACCCUCCGAUGUCACAGUGUAUGGCGGGCCAGUUUGUGCGUGCAUUGAUUGAUUUUGAGGGGACAGCGGACGACGAGCUUAGCUUUCGCGUUGGCGACGUGAUCCACGUGCUCGGACGCCCUGCCACCGGCGAAGUUGACGAUGGGUGGAUCGAGGGCGAAGUGGUCCCCACCUCUAGCAACAUCGACGGCACCGACAAUCGCAUUGCCCGUGGCGUGUUCCCCUCGAUGCUUGUUGAAGCCGUCGAGGCGGAGGAGUCCUGGCGAAGUCGUGUGGGCGCGUCACGCCGAACCCGUACGUCUCUCUCACUUACUUGUGUUAAUUGCAAAUUCGACUGA